GUCUGUCGUGCCUCUCUACCUUGGAGUUGGUGCCUAUCAUUUGGUAUCAGAGCUUGUUGUUUCAACAUCUCUGAGGACCAAGAACACUCUUCCCUUUUCCCUUUCUCUUUUCCCUAUUUUCGGCCAUCUCCUUUCACCAUGUCAAACCAAUCUCAAACCAUGUCCAAUGAAGAGCUCCAAGCCUCUAAUGCAGCCCUUAAGGCUCAAGUUGAGUACCUAGCCAAGAAGUGGCUCAACUUACAAAGAUGAAGUUGACAAUGCUGGACACACCCGAAGAAAGUGAUGAAGAACUAGAUGAGGAAGUCCAAGCUACUGGAAACUCUAGCAACAUCACUAAUGGAAGCUCUUGUGACAAAGGAACUAGUGACUUCAAGGUUGACAUCCCGACCUAUGAAGGAAAGAAUGAUCCCGACAAGUUUCUAAAAUGGCUAGAAACCGUGGAACGUGUCUUCGACUUCAAGGAUGUCCCCGAAGAAAAGAAGGUGAAAUUAGUUGCUUUGAAGCUAUGAAACAACAAGAAGAAGAAAAGAAAACUCCAACUCCAUGGUAGUAUGUUAAGGAAGAAGAAGAAUGAGCAAGAAAACCAUUCAAGUGUCCAAAAUCCUGAGCAUAAGACAAUCAGUCCACUUGAACAUCCGGAAGGUAUUGCAAAGAAAGUUCGGCGUUGGAAUGUUGAAGUUAGUGAGUUAAUCGUCGGAAUCAUGUUUAUCAACAUACCCGAAAUUCUGGACAGCAACUUUCUAUUGAAUUCAGGUCCGAUUUACGCUAUCUUACAUAUGUUAAAACGAAAUACUUUCUAUACGAAAGUUGUAGCCUUACAUCUUAGGAAUCCACAGAAUCAAACGGUUUGCAAUUUCGUGAAGAAACGAUGGAGAUAUGCCCAAAUUACCGCAGGUUGUCCAGUUGUGACGGAAAUGACAAAGUUGGCAAAUUACGAUGUUGUUUCCACUCCCGCUCAUCCGUAAGGUUUCGGCCUAUGAUUUCCAGGUCU